UUAAUUCCCUCUUGCCGUGGGCCGUGACGUCAGUAUAGGAAGUCAUUGUAGAGCAACACUGGAGCGAUUAACAGCAAAAAGGGGGAGCCUGAUGUCGAGGAGUCAGCCUGAUGUAUAUCUCUCUAUACGCCUCAACUUUUAACUCAAAGUUCAACAUCCAAACACAAAAACGGGACUAGGACUACGCUCUUUGCAUUUUCACUGAAUGUAACAAAUUGGACCAAACAGGCUAGGCCGUGUAGGCUAUGAACGUGGAUUCUGUUGCUGUCCUGGGUUUAUUUUUUGUUGCUUUUUGUACUUUGUUUACUAACUCUGACUGAAUUUUGCUGACUUUCUUGAUUUUCUAUUAUUUUUUUAUUUUACUUUAUUUUAUUGCCGUGGGAGAAGAAUAUCACUGUUGUUAUGAAGACUUCAUCAGUCAUUUCUUAACAUGGAAGGAUCCAGCGGGUCGAGUUUUGGGAUAGACACUAUUUUAUCCAGCGCCUCUAACUCUGGUAACCCUGUGCUAAUGAACGGAGAUUUCCGGCUCGGUGACGGCAGGACAGCGGAUUUCAGGAGCCAGGCAACACCGUCGCCAUGCUCGGAGAUAGACACUGUGGGAACUGCCCCCUCGUCCCCCAUCUCUGUCACCAUGGAGAACGCCGCUGAUCCGCAUGUGGUGCAGGACACCCUUCAGCAUCACCACCAUCACCACAGCCAGCCACAGAGUUUGGCGCUGUCGCCGCAGCAUCAGCAGCAACCGCUGCUCGCCGGGGCCGGUUGCGCUCCGAGGACAGCAACCUCCUCAUUUUUAAUCAAAGACAUUUUGGGCGACAGUAAACCUCUGGCCACCUGCGCACCUUACAGCACCAGUGUAUCCUCACCCACGCCAAAACCAGAAAGUGCCACGGCUCCGGACGUCUUCAGGCCCAAGUUGGAGCAAGACGACAACAGAAGCAAGUUGGACAAAAGAGACGACAUUCAAAGUGAAAUUAAAUGCAACGGAACUAAAGAGGAAGGUGACCGUGAAAUCUCCAGUAGCAGAGACAGUCCACCGGUGCGCACGAAAAAACCUCGCAAAGCACGGACAGCCUUUACGGACCACCAGCUCAACCAGCUGGAGAGGAGUUUUGAGCGUCAAAAAUACCUCAGUGUUCAGGACCGCAUGGACCUGGCAGCGGCUCUCAAUCUGACAGACACACAAGUGAAGACCUGGUACCAAAACAGACGAACGAAGUGGAAGAGGCAAACAGCGGUCGGUUUGGAGCUGCUGGCUGAAGCAGGAAACUACUCGGCCUUACAGAGAAUGUUCCCAUCGCCCUAUUUCUACCAUCCGAGCCUGCUCGGUACCGUUGACAGCACGACGGCGGCUGCGGCAGCCGCGGCCAUGUACAGCAGCAUGUACCGGACUCCCUCCACGCCGCACCCCAGCCUCCAGAGACCUCUUGUCCCGAGGGUGCUCAUUCAUGGCCUUGGGCCGGGAGGGCAACCAGCACUAAACCCCCUGUCAAACCCUAUGCCCGGCACACCGCAUCCGCGGUAAAAGAGACCAGAGUCCCGAUUGAACACGUGAUGUGAGUAGCUGCAGUCGGAUGCACACCGCAGGACUUUUACUCACCCUUGAAAAAGAAAGAAAAAGACACGUUAAAGACGUUUUACAGAGAGAGCUAAAGGAGGUAUUUAAUAUAGGCCCGGAGAGCCCAGACCCGGAACGAAAGACAUUUUGUCCGGGCCCAGACAGACCGCAAAGGACAGCUCAUGUCUGAUUGUUUGUUUGUUUGUCUUUUGUACAAAUACACUUACAUUAGCAAAUAAACUUAUAAAGUUUAUUAGAUGGAGAACUGAAUGAAUAAAGAAGUAAU